GCCGGGCCCGCCCGGUCCUCCGGGCAAUCACUGGGGUGGCGGCGGCGGCCCGGCCGGCCCCGGCGGCAUGUGGCCCGGCGGACCCGGCAAGAAGGACGACUGGGGCGGCCACAAGCCGUGGGAGGCGCGCGGACCCAACGGAGACGGCUGGGGCAACAAGCCGCCGGGACCGUGGACGGGCGGACCGCCGCAGCACGGACCGGGCACCUGGGGAGGCGACCACUCGCCGCCCAUGCCUCGCCGGCCCAUAGGGUUCGACGACUGGGGUGAGCGCUCCCGACCAGGCAACAAGCGCGGCGGAGGCGGGGGCGGCGGCGGCUGGAAGGAGCUGCCGGGCGGGCCGGGCCGCGCCGGCCUGCCGGGCGGCCCGCCGGCGCCGCACAUGCUGUCGCGUAUGCCGCCGGGCCCGCCGGACCACAAGGGCGUCGACCCGUGGGGCCGGCCGCCGCGCAACGGCUGGGGCGAGGCGCCACCGGGCCCCGUCUCCGGCUGGGGCGGCGACGACGGCCCGGCCGGCUGGGCUGCCAAGCCCAAGACGCCCACCAUGCCCGGCGGCUGGGCAGAGCCCGACAUGGACUGGGCCAAGGCGGGCCGCGCUCCUGGCAUGCACACCGGCUCCAAGGGCGCCAUGUACGACAAGUUCCGAACGCUCACCGACCAGGGCUUCAAGCCAGAGGAGGUGGACAUGAUGCUGCGCGGCGGCGGCGGCAUGGCGCUGGAGGAUGCCGUCGACCAGCUGCGACUGGCCGGGCCGGCCGGCGACUGGCGCGGCGUGCCUGACCACCCGCCAUUUGAGCAGCCCGGCUUCGCCCAGAUGCCGCCGCCGCACGUGCAGUACGGCGGCAUGCAGAUGCCCAACACGGGCCACGGCGGCGGCAACAUGAACUCGACGGUGGUGCAGCAGCUGCUGCGUCAGCAGGCCCAGUCGCAGCCGUCACGCUUCCCCGGACAGCAGCCGCAGCCGUCGCCGCAGCAGCUGCGCCCGGUCAUCAACCAAAUCCAGAUGGCGGUGCACGCCGGCCACCUGAACCCUGCUAUCCUGCAGCAGCCGAUGGGCCAGCAGACGCUCAUCCUGCUCAACCACCUGCUCAGCCAGAUCAAGCAACUGGAGCAGCUGACGCGCCAGCAACAGCUGCUGGGGCGCGGGCCGCAGGCCAACUCGCCCCACUUCCAGAGUCUACAGAUGGAGAUCAUGCGCACCAAGGGCAACAUCUCCAACAUCCAGUCCCAGAUCGGCAGCCAGCAGGCGAUGCUGCUGAAGCAGCAGCAGAUGUCGUCGGGCGGCGGAGGCGGGCCGAUGAUGUUCAAGCAGGGUCCGGGCGGUCCCAGCGACCUCCACGGCUUGCCUGGGCUCACCGACAUGUCACUGCGGGACGGCGGCGGUCCGGGCCCCGGCGGCCACGCGCCGCAGAGCCGCCUCAGCCAAUGGAAACUGCCCACCUCCGACAAGCUGUACCGCCCGGACGAGGACUUUUCGCGCGCGCCCGGCUCGAGCAGCAAGGUGGCCGGCUCGCCGCCGCUGCCGCUGAUGGGCGACAGCACGUGGUCGGCGGCACGCGCCGGCGGCGAGGCCGGCUGGCCGGACGGCGCUGGCGCCGCCGCGCCUCCCGCCGCCGAGCGCGUGGACAGCAAGGAUCCCGGCUGGCCGAGUGCCGCCGGCGGACACAACAGCUACGCCGACCUGGUGCCCGAGUUCGAGCCCGGCAAGCCGUGGAAGGGUUCCCAGAUGAAGUCUGUGGAGGACGACCCGGGUCUGACGCCCGGCUCGGUGCGCUCGUCGCUCGGCCUGGCCGGCGCCGCCGCCACCCAGGACCUGCUGGCCAGCAUGCAGCCGGGCAAGGCGUCGCCGCUGGGCGGCGGCGCCGGCACCGACUUCGGCAGCUCCACUUGGAGCUACAACCCGGCCGGCGGUAAGCCGGGCGGCAUGGGCGGCGCGAGCAAGUGGGACACUGGAGCCGACUGGAGCAUGAAGUCGCGCGGACCGCCGCCGGGCCUGAACAAGGGCGCCGGCUGGGGCCGCGGCGGGGCGCCCUACGACCAGCGCUCGGCGUUCGCCCCUGUCCAGGGCGGCGGCGGCGGCUGGGGCGCGCCUGGCGGCGGCUCGGCCUGGCUCCUGCUCAGGAACCUCACGGCCCAGAUCGAUGGCUCCACACUGAAAACGCUGUGCAUGCAGCACGGCCCGCUGUACACGUUCCACAUGUACCUGAGCCAGGGCGUGGCGCUGGUCAAGUACAGCUCGCGCGAGGAGGCCGCCAAGGCCCAGGGCGCGCUCAACAACUGCGUGCUGAGCAACACGACCAUCAUGGCGGAGGCGGUGACGGACGAGUACGCCAGCCAGGUGCUGCAGCAGCUGGGCCUACCCGGCGGCCAGCCGGCGCCGUCCAGCUCGGCCGGCCCGGGCGCCGGCCAGGCGGCCGCCAAACCGCCCGCCUCCGCCGCCUGGAGCGACAUCGGAGACCCGAUCGGUGGCGCCAGCAUGGCUUGGAGCAGCGGCGCUGGCGCCGGCGGCGGCGGCGCCCUGUGGGGCACCGGCGGCCUAGAGGAGGCCGGUCGGCCCUACCUGCCCGAGGGCCUGCUGUGAGCGCGCCGCCCGCCGGCGCGCACGCGCACAGCUCGUGCGCACCACGACAGAGAGGAAGAGAGAGAGGGGGAGAGACGGAACCACUCACACGCCCAUCAUGUACGCUGAUUGUCUGCCGCCGCGGCCAGCGGCGCCGCGCCCACGCCAAACGCACCAUGGUGAUGACAGAUUCCCCGGCCGCCGUGGCGCGGCCAGGCUACGCUGCUUAGGUUAAGGGGACGAUGUCCGCGCUAGUAUUUAAGGCAAGUAUUGCCCCGUGUGGGCCAUGUGUGCGCGCCUGCGCGCGCACGCCUGUGUAUUUUAGUACCGUGUCGUUAGGUUUUAUGGCCGGCGGAGCUCCUCGGCUGACCGGCACGUCGCCAGCGUCAGCGGCGCCGCCGCCCGCGCCGGUACCAGCGCCGGUCCCAGCGCCGGGGCAGCCGGACCGCCGAGCCCAGGGUCACCCUUGUCUGUUGGUGUGUAUGUUUGUGUGUGCACAGUAUCGUGUGUGACCUGAUGGGGCGAGAGUGUCGCAGAGCUUCAACGACUGACCGCGCGCCUCGCCCGCCCGCCCGCCCGCCCGUCCCGCCCGCGCCCGCUCCCCGCCCGCUCCCCGCCCGUCCCGCCGCCGCCGCAGCCCUUGUCGUCUCCGUCGCCGCCGCCGGCGUCGGCCGCCAUGCGCCCGCUCAACCCGGCCGCCGCCACCCGACUGUGUGAUAUUAGCUGUAAGAGCGGCGGCCGUGGCCCGCCGCGCCGGCCUGUCUGGGGCUGUGAUACUGCAACCUUCCAUGGGUCAGCCGGUGCCUUGGCCGGCCGCCCGGCGCCGGCCCGCCGAACCAAAGAGUCGCCGCCCGCGCGAGACUGCGAGAGAGAGAGAGAGAGAGAGUAAGAGAGAGAGUGCGUGCGAGCGUGCAGCGGUCCGGCCGCGCUCAGUACAAACGUCUUCAGGUCUUCUUCCAGCUCUGCGCGCCGUGCGGCCCGAUCUCCGCUCCUGUGCACGUGACAGGCCGCCGCGGCCGUCUUUCACCCGCCGGCGGCCGCCGGCCCAACUGCUGGUGCGCCGCCGCGCCGCCAGAUGCCGGUGCGCGUGGCCGCCCGACCGGCGACGGCGCGCCAGCCUGCCGGCCGCAGGUGCGCGCCGUCACCGGCCGUGCGGCCGUCUCGGGUCGUCUUUCAGCCGGUCAGGUCCUGCGCGCGCGCGCGCGCGCGCGUCGAUGUUGUGCCAACGCUUGGUCCGCGUAGUGGUGAUGCCCGUGCGCCGCGUCGCGGCCGAGAGCGGACGCCGCGGCCAACUCUGUCGGGUACGACGCUUUAAACUGGACGUGAGACGUGACUCCACCCCGCCGGGAGCGCGAGCUAGAGCGCUCCGGCGGGCGUGCAGGCCGUUGGCACCAACCGCCGCCCGCCAGCUUUCACCUUCACGUGCAAUAAUGGUGUCGAUCCGCCGCUAAAUUGCCCACGCCUAGGGAGAGAAUAUCAGCUUUACAUAUCGCCAGCUGCCAUGUGCUCCGGUACGUUCAGGACUACCAAAUCGCGAGCGUCGCAAUCAAGUCGAAUCGGUUCAGAGAGUGCGAGACUGUAUACCUCAAGGCUAUCGGGAACUUCCUGCUCUCGUGUUACGCUAGCUGUAAGGCCCGACGCCGCCUCGACGGAGCAGAGCGCGGGAAUGUGCGCGUCAUUCUCAGCUGAUCUCCGUAGGCGAAUCCGCGGCUGGUUGCGGCACGUCAAGACGGCGUCGGUCGUUAGCAUAAGUUGGACUGGAUGGGGCGGGGACUGGCGGGUGGCAGCAGGCGGCAGCUUGUGCCCUCCGCCCGCCGCCCGUCCGCCCCCGCCUCGGGACGUGUCGGCGGCUCCCGGCCGGCGGUGCGACGCCAGCGCGGCGGCGGUGCGGCGCUCCGCCCCCUCCCGUCCCCUCUGGUCCCUCCCCCGCCCGUCCGCCCGCCCGCCUGCCCGCCCCGACUCGGCCGCUCCCGCAGUCAGCGUCGUCAGCUCGCCCUCUCGACCGCCGAGCGGAUGCGGGUGCGGGUGCGGCCGGUCGCCGCGCCCGCACCCGCACCCCUGCACAGCGAGGCGCUAAAGAUUCGCUCAGGACCAAACGCUGGACAAAAGGAUUGUGACUACUGGGAUCUGAUGAGCGUCGCCUGGUCGUGAUGCGCCUUGACCGCCGGUUGGUGGAGGCCUUUGGAGCCCGCUCAGCAACCUGUGAGCAGCCACUGUGAUAGGUCGACGCCCGCGCGACGAGGCCUGUGAUUGGUCGACGCACGCACGGCGCGACCUGUGAUUGGUUGAAUCGCUUAUUGGUGCGGUCUUCCUCUUUAGUACAAACGUUUACUUAAGAGUUAUGGGCUAGAGAAAGGAUUUAUGUGAAACCACAAAAAAACUCAGAUAUUGCCACAAGCUAUCCAAAUCUUCCGCCAAGCAUGCGCGGCAGAAAGAGCUGCGAUACACACAGGGUGUGCGUGGGAGGGCUGCGGAUGGGUAAGGGGGUAGCGGGGACGGGACGGGACGGGACGUCGGUGCUCACCGGGCGGCGUCGUGGGCCGCGCCUCCGAGCUGUGACCGUGCGCCGCCGCCAGCCCGCUUGUCCAAGACGACUCCGCUCAGCGGCCGGCAGCGGCCGGUGCCUCCGUGACCUGUGACCUCUGUCUGCGUGUGUGGCGCGAGCCCGACCCCUCCCUGCCGGCCGUGCGGCGAGCGCCUCAGCCGCCCCGCGCCCUUGUGAUAUGUUAUAGUCGAUCUUCACGGCGAGCUGACGGUUUGUUGUUUGGCCGCUAGUCGGUGUAGCGGCGCUGGCGUCGCCGCCGCGCCAUUCCAGGCGGGCGCCGCGAGCGCACGCGCGUGUUCAUAUUGCGUGUCUGUCGAUCAGGCGGUGAUUCGUGCCGGACAAACCUCUUACUGUGUGUGCCUGCGUGUCGUGUUCCGGCGGAGGCAGCCGACCUGCACAUGGACAUGUAUAAAACAAAAGUAAAAACCGCAAAAAAAUCACUAGGUUAAGGCGAUUUUAGACUAAGUGCUGUUUACCUGUGACUGAUGGAGUGUGACGCGGGCAUUUGGGAGGUGGCCAAAAGGGUUAGCUGUAUUUUUAAAGCUUUUGUUGCCGCGCGCGCGCCUUUCGUUUGACCCCGUUGACCUGGCAUGCCAACGGCUCUGAAUCGGUUCGGGCGUGGGGACGACUCCCGGCUGGUAAGUGACCGAGCCGCGACGUCGCUUCCGGCCCGUCGGCGUCCCAGUGGCGCCCCUUCCUCUCGCGUCUGUCUGUCUGUCUGUCUGCCUGGCCGCCGGCUGGCUCGCCCGGUGGGCGGCACGGCCGGCGCGCCCCGUAGUGCGGCCGCGCGUGGCCCUCGGUCCGCUCCCGUGUGUCCGAUGCAACCGUGCGAUAUGCUGGAGGCGCGCUGGCCGGCGGCCGGCGCGCCGCGUGUGAAGAGUCCGGUACAAAACUGUCGUGCCUCCCUCCGCCGCGCUGGCCGGCAGCCGGCCGCGGCCGCCGCCGCCCGCAAUACUCAGCGCCUUGGCACACCAUGCUGCCAUCUCUUUCACAAAAAAUGAACUAGUCUUUUACUUGGUCGGCGGCGUGGCGCGGCGGCGGCCGGCGCCGUAUGCGCUGGAGUGGGUGUUGUUAGUCGCUGGAGAGGGCCUACUGUGACUUGCUAGAGGAUCCUAAUUCUAGUAUCUUGGACCAACGAACACCCAGUGUGCGUCACUGCCGCCUGAACAAUCACUGUUGUCAUAAUAUCGCAGCUAAUUGUGACCAGAAUGCAUCUGUGACUCGAUUGUUUAUCUGGCGGUGACUUUAUGCACUUGGGUUGACGUGACGGCCGGUAGAUGGUACUAGUCACGUGUCUGUCCCUGAAAGGCUCGUUCCUGGUACAUCGCUGUUUCCUCUGAAUGACAAGCACCGAUUUUGUCCGUACCGCCAAGUCCAUUUUUAAAGGAAGGCGGUCUCUUUUUAACCCGACUGUACUCCGGUCCGAAUAUCAGCAUGCAUAUAAUACACGAUUGUCUAAGUGUU